GAAUUGUGUGCGAGUGUAUAAAAGCAAGCAAGAGCGUUUGUGAGGGCAAAGAAGAAACCGAUGUGGGUUUCAUAAUCCAUGUGCCCACAUGGAUGAUGGAGAAAGGAAACACAGAGUAGAAACCAAUCACACUCUUCUCUCUUUCUCUCUUUCUCUCUCUCUCUCUACUUCUACUUUUCUUGUGCUCACUAUUAUUAUUAAUUUUCUCUUUCUCUUUUCAUCUCUUUCUUAAUUGAAUCUACAAAUCCAUAGACACACGAACAAACCCAUUAUUCAACUGACUCAGAAGAGGAACCAUUGUUUCUGUGUCUUUGAAUUUCUGUUGUUGGUUUGUUGAAAUUGGUGGGAAAUUAUGAAAGAAAAGAGUGAAAGUGGAGGUGGGUAUGUGAGAGCAGAUCAAAUAGAUCUGAAGAGCUUAGAUGAGCAGUUACAGAGACAUUUGAGCAAAGCAUGGACUAUGGAGAAGAACAAGAGGAGGGAAGAUGAGGAAGGUGUCGGCAUCGGCGGCGGUGGCGGUGGUGGCGGAGGAGGAGGUGUUGGCGGUGGAAGACCGGCAAUCACUAGACAGGAGUGGGAGAUUGACCCUUCUAAACUCAUCAUCAAAGCUGUCAUAGCUCGUGGCACAUUUGGAACUGUUCAUCGUGGAGUUUAUGAUGGUCAAGAUGUUGCUGUUAAACUUCUUGACUGGGGAGAAGAGGGUCAUAGGUCAGAGGCAGAAAUUGCGUCGCUUAGAGCGGCUUUUACGCAAGAAGUUGCUGUUUGGCACAAGCUUGACCAUCCUAAUGUUACAAAGUUUAUAGGAGCAACAAUAGGCUCCUCAGAUCUACACAUACAAACAGAAAAUGGCCAAAUUGGCAUGCCCAGCAAUAUUUGUUGUGUCGUUGUCGAAUAUUGUCCUGGAGGUGCUCUGAAAUCCUACCUCAUAAAGAACAGAAGGAAAAAGCUGGCUUUCAAAGUAGUCGUCCAGCUAGCAUUAGACCUUGCAAGAGGGUUGAGCUAUCUUCAUUCACAGAAGAUUGUUCAUAGAGAUGUCAAAACAGAAAAUAUGCUUCUGGACAAAAUGAGAACGGUAAAAAUUGCAGACUUUGGCGUUGCUCGUGUUGAAGCCUCAAAUCCCAAUGAUAUGACUGGUGAGACCGGAACACUUGGGUAUAUGGCUCCGGAGGUUCUCAAUGGCAAUCCAUAUAACAGGAAAUGUGAUGUCUACAGCUUCGGCAUCUGUUUAUGGGAGAUAUACUGCUGCGAUAUGCCGUAUCCCGACCUUAGCUUCUCAGAAGUUACAUCAGCUGUUGUCCGACAGAAUCUGAGGCCAGAGAUUCCUCGGUGUUGCCCCAGCUCGCUUGCAAAUGUAAUGAAGCGAUGCUGGGAUGCUAACCCGGACAAGCGUCCAGAGAUGGAUGAGGUUGUAACCAUGUUGGAAGCAAUCGAUACAUCGAAGGGCGGAGGUAUGAUCCCCCUCGAUCAGUCACAAGGCUGUUUUUGCUUCCGUAGGUACCGGGGGCCUUGAACAUGAUUGCUUCUUCAUCGAGCAAAGAUGACGACAGCAAUGACAAUGCAAUAUCGAAGAUAUUCAAAUUGUAAUUUGUCCAAUUGAAAAGGAAUUGGAACUUGAGAGUCAAGGGAUAAGUAGAGUGAAGGUUUAUAGGCUUUAAGAGGAGCUAUGCAAUAUCUGUGUUUGUAGUGUGGAUUUUGUAAAAGCUUUUCUUUCUUUGUAGCAAUUCCUUCCCUCCCCUUGUGAAGAAAAAAAAAAAAGAGAGAGUAAGUUUUCCUUGAAAGAUAAGCUUUAAUGUUCUUCUGUUAACUUGGAUUGAACAUUUACAAAGCUCCAUUAAUAAAUAUUUGGGCAAUGCCGUGGCUUACCUUUAAAGGGGAAGUCUUGGAAUCA